AUGAGUUUAAAUAGUCCAAAAAUAUUUGGUAAUAGAUUCAUAUUCAAGAAAAAAUUAUCCCAAGGCUCAUUUGGAAUUGUAUAUUUGGUACUUGAUAGAGCAACAAAUACGGAAUGUGCUUUGAAGGCAGAAAAAGAAGAGUAUGAAGAGUCAAAAACCUUAGAAAAAGAAAUAGCCAUGCUAAUUUAGUUAGACAAUGUGGUUGGUAUUCCAAAAUUGAUAUGGCAUGGCAUUGAUGGAUAAAUAUAAUUAAUGGCGAUAGAAUUAUUGGGCAAGGACUUAGCUUAUUAUUUUAAAUAAUAUCGGAAAUUUUCAUUGAAAUGUUGUUUGCAAGUUUGCUAUGAUUGCUUGGAAAUUUUGAAAAAUAUUCACAAAAAAUUUAUAAUUCAUAGAGAUUUGAAACCAGAGAAUAUUAUGAUGUCUAAAGAAUUAGAUUAAAUAUACAUAGUCGACUUUGGCAUAAGCAAGAUAUAUUUUGAAGCUGAUCAUAUGUAAAUAUUACCUUUUAGAGAAGACAAAGACUUUAUUGGCACAACAAGAUAUGCAUCAAUUGCUGCUCAUAAAGGAUAUGAAUUAGGUAGAAAAGAUGAUCUAGAGUCCCUCAUCUAUGUGAUAAUCUAUUUUUUAAGAGGCAAUCUUCCAUGGUAGAACAUGCCUGUGGAAGAUAGCGAGAGAAACCGUCUAGUGGGAGAAAUGAAAUAAACAAUUCCAUUAUAAGAGUUAAUUGGAAAUAAAUUACCAGAAUUAAUUAAAGCCUUAUCAUACAUUAGAAAAUUAAAAUUUGAGGAACAACCUGACUAUGAAUAUAUCAAAAACUUAAUUGAAGAAGCAGCUGAAAAUAAUAAUAUUAAAUUAGAUGGCUAUUAUGAUUGGAAUGAAGGUGUCAAACUUAGCAAAAAGUUAUCAGAAUCAAGACUAUCAUAGGAUAAAAAGGAAUAACAUUCACCAAAAUAAUAAGCUAAUUGCACAUCCAAAAUAUCUAAUCAAGUUAUUUGGUCACUCUUUGAUAACUCCAUUCCUUAAUCUUAAAAGAAUUUAUUAGCUCCCCCAGAUACCAAAUAUAAUAGAGGAGAAGUCCGUCAUUUAACUAGUUCUUCUAAUAAUUCUUUUUUUAUGGGUUCGCACAGUUCAUUGAGAUUGAAGUACUUACCAUCUUAAAUGAAUAAGAAAUCUAAUUCAGUUUUAAAGAGAAUGGUUUCUAUAGAGUUUAUAUCCAAUUAAGAAUCAAUAUAUAAUGAGUACAUGGAUGAAAAUUUUGAAGAUUACCCAUUGCAACUAAAAAUCACAUAAGCAAAUUCAAUGCAGAAAAUGUAAGAAUUUAUUUGA